AUGACAGAAAGGAACCAAACUGUCACCUCAGAGUUCCUCCUCCUGGGCCUACCCAUCCAGCCAGAGAACCAACACUUGUUCUAUGUCCUGUUCCUGGCCAUGUACCUUAUCACCAUCUUGGGGAAUCUCCUCAUCAUUGUCCUCAUUCUACUGGACUCCCAUCUCCACACACCCAUGUAUUUGUUUCUCAGCAACUUGUCCUUGUCUGACCUCUGCUUUUCCUCUGUGACCAUUCCAAAACUGUUGCAUAUCAUAAAAAGCCAAGUACCCUCCAUUUCUUAUGCAGGAUGCCUGACACAAAUGUAUUUCUUCCUGUUUUUUGCUGACUUGGAGAGCUUCCUUCUUGUGGCCAUGGCCUAUGACCGCUAUGUGGCCAUCUGCUUCCCUCUGCACUACACCAACAUCAUGAGCCCCAAGCUGUGUGUGUGCCUGGUGGUGCUGUCUUGGAUGCUGACCACGUUCCAUGCCAUGUUGCACACCCUGCUUAUGACCAGAUUGUCUUUCUGUGAAGACAAUGAGAUCCCUCACUUUUUUUGUGAUAUAUCUGCUCUUCUGAAGCUCGCCUGCUCUGACACUCAGGUUAAUGAGUUGGUGAUGUUUGUUAUGGGUGGGUUCGUUGGUGUCAUUCCAUUCCUACUCAUCAUCAUGUCCUAUGCAGGAAUCGUGUCCUCCAUCCUCAAGGUCUUUUCUUCUCGGGGUUUCCACAAGGCCUUCUCCACCUGUGGAUCUCAUCUCUCUGUGGUCUCACUAUUCUAUGGAACAACCUCUGGUCUCUACUUAACUCCACCAGCUAAUAAUUCUCCUGUGAAGGAGACUACCAUGGCUCUGAUGUAUACAGUGGUGACUCCCUUGCUGAACCCCUUCAUCUACAGCCUGAGGAACAGAGACAUGCAUGGUGCCCUGAGAAGAGUUCUUUGUAAGAGUGAAAUCCCCUUCUUCCCAUGA